AUGAGGCCUGGCAGAAAGAACACCUACUCCUACAUUUUCCCGAAUCCGAAUCUGGAUUCUCUCAAGGGGUUGGCAAAUCAGAUUACACUAGAUGAGUUGACCAAGUUCAAACAGGAUUGUGGGAGAAUUCUCUACUUCCUCAAGACACCAUUUACUAAGUAUGAGCAGGAAGGAGUUCACACUUUACUCCAAUUCUAUAACCCUUCUCUUCGUUGUUUCACAUUUCCUGACUAUCACUUGGUUCCUACCUUGGAAGAAUACUCUCUUUUUCUCGGCAUCUCCAUCAAAGAGCAAAUACCAUACCAUAGUACGAUGAAAGCUCCCACUUCUAUUGAAAUCGCAAAGGCUCUUUAUUUGAGCAAAUCAGUUGUGGAAGCAAACCUCAAAGAGAAAGGAAAUUGUCAAGGGUUCCACUUAGAGUUAUUGGUUCAGACAGCUUAUGACGCCAUUGUGGCUAAGGAAUGGGAUACAUAUAGAGCUAUCUUGGCCUUGAGUAUCUAUGGCAUAGCAAUGUUUCCGAAUGUGGUCAAUUUUUUUGACAUAAAUGUGAUUCACAUCUUCAUUCUGAAGAUUCCAGUUCUUACACUCCUAGGCGACGUUUACCACUCAAUACAUCACAGGAAUGGCAGAAAAGGGGGGUUGGUCCUAUGUUGUGCCCCAUUAUUGUACCGUUGGUUUAGAUCUCAUCUUCCUGAGCGUGGUCCUUUUGUUGACAAUAGGCAUACAUCGAGGUGGGCUGAUAGAAUCAUGGGGCUGGUAGCCAAAGACAUUGUCUGGUAUAAUAGAUCGUUGGAUGACGUGGAGAUUAUUAUGGGCUGCGGAAAAUUCGACAAUGUGCCUCUCAUGGGACUAAGAGGAGGAAUCAAUUAUAAUCCCGUCUUGGCUAGAAGGACUUUUGGAUAUGCCUUCGUGAGUCCCCCUGAAAAGAAAGAAGUUGAUGAUCUCAUAUUCUACCAUCUGACCACCAAUUCAGGUAAGCUAGAGGAAGUGGUGCAAGCCUGGAAAAUAGUUCGUCGAAAGGGUAAGAAGCACUUUGGCCAAAAAGAUUGUGCUACUUAUGAAGCCUACACUGCAUGGGUGAAAUCUGUGGCCGAAGCUCAAGGGAUGCCUUUUCCUCUUAAGGAUCCCUUAUACCCUCCAUCUGAGGAUCAACCCAACAUCGUUUCCAUGCCGUGCUACAAUCAAACGGUGAAUCAAAAUAGGGAAUUAACUGAUCAAAUGGAAACAAUGCAGGUUAAGAUGAAUAUUGCUCGCCAAGAGAAACUGUCUGCAAUACAUAAAUUGAAACAGAAAGAAAAAGAGCUUGAGGAAUUGUAUGCUGGUGGAAAUACCUCUCAGAAAAGAUCCUGA